UAUCAUCAUCUUAUUCACUUCAUUAUGCCUGCAAUCAUGAUUCUUGGUUGCUUCAUCCGCAUGCCCCCUCUCUCUCUCCUUCACUCACUUUCUUCCUCCCCCUAAUCCCACUCUCUCUCAAUCUUCCUUUUCCCUCACCCACCUAUAAAUCCCAUACAGACCCCUCUUCUCUCUCUCACCUGUAGUGCGUCCCUUCUCAAACCCACAAAAAUUAUUCUUCCUCUCCUAUUUUCUCUAUCCCUUUCUCUGUUCCCUGUCUCUCUAUAUAACUAUACAUCUCUCUGUAGCUUGAUUUCUUUAGUUUUGAUUCGAUUUGUGAUCUUUCUUUCUUUCUUUCAUCAAUGGCUGUGUCCGGUUUUGAAGGCUUUGAGAAGCGCCUGGAGCUUCACUUCUUUGGUGAUGACCCUGCGAUGGACAACAUGGGUCUAAGGCUUCUUGAUUUCGAGUCUUUAGUGAAAGUUUUAAGUGCUGUGCAAUGCAGUGUGGUAUCUGCUGUUGGGAACCAGUAUUUUGAUGCCUACGUGUUAUCAGAAUCAAGCCUAUUUGUCUUCCCCACCAAGAUCAUCAUCAAGACAUGUGGGACCACCCAGCUCCUCAAAUCCAUCCGUCCAUUGCUACACUAUUCUUGCAAUCUUGGCCUCACUUUGUGCUCUUGUAGAUACAGCAGAGGUAGCUUUAUCUUCCCCAAGUCACAGCCCUUCCCUCACACCAGCUUCAAAGAAGAAGUUAUCUAUCUUGAAGAGAACCUGCCCUCCAAUCUUUGCUAUAGAAAAGCCUCUGUUAUGCCCUCUAAAAUGACUUCUCAUUCUUGGCAUGUCUUUACUGCUAGUGGCCAAGCUCACAUAAUAUCCCAAAACGAUGACCUUUACACUAUUGAGGUCUGCAUGACUGAGCUCGACCGUGUCUUGGCUCGCAAGUUCUUUCAACCUCCCGGCGAUGGUAAGAAUGGUGAUGUAGCCGGAAAAGAGAUGACAAAACUUACCGGUAUAGGAGAUAUCAAUCCAGGAGCUAUCAUUUGUGAUUUUGCAUUCGACCCUUGUGGAUACUCCAUGAAUGGGAUUGAUAAUGAUCGUUACUCUACCAUUCAUGUCACCCCAGAGGAUGGUUAUAGCUAUGCAAGCUUUGAGUGUGUUGGGUCCAUUUUUGACGAUAAUGAUUAUAUAGCUGAGAUGUUAAAGAAGGUGGUGCAGGUUUUCCGACCGACAACCAUGUCGGUUUCUAUUACAUGCACGAGCCAUGAAAUGUGGACAAGGGUUGCACAUGCGGUGGAGCCACUUGGAAUGAAAUGCCGGAGUUGUGCGGUGGAUGAGUUCCGAACAAGCGGAAGCGUGGUGUUUCAAACGUUCACAGUCCGCCGGAAGUAAACCGGAAAAAAUAAAGAAAUGGUAGAUGUAUUGGGGGGAGGAGGGAGAGAGUUAGGGUUUAGAGUUUAGGAAAAAAAAAAUUAUUAGGGCGGGUGAUGGUUAAGGCAAGUGAUUACGUGGAGAGAAGUAAUUGGUUAAUUGGAGGUGGGGAUGAUGAAUGUUGGGUUGACUUGUGCAGAAAGAUAUAAGUGGGGGUGGAUUUAGCUAUGAGAGAGAUGAUGUGGAAGCAUAAAAAAGAUGGGGGGAAGAUGUGAGAAUCUGGGAUUUAUCUUUCAUGAUAAUGCACCCCACUGAGGCUUGUCACGCCUUGAGAUUUUUGAGCUUGUGUAGUGCUCUUGUUUUUCAGGUUUAUAUGAACUCUCUUUUAUUAAUUUUCUUUUCUUUUUCCUCUUAUGAAAUAUCCACAUUCUUGCUUAA